AUGGGAGAUCUUCCUGAAGCAAUGCAGGUGUGUGAAAAUGUCUUCACUUCCUCUCCAGAACUGGUGGUGUCCUGUCCAGGUGCCUGGUGCUGGCGAUCUCAAUUGAGUAACUACCUAGGAGCAGGAAUGUCGGAUCUUAUGGGUGUCGCCCCGGACAACUGGCCCACGCUGCGUGCCCAGCCCCCGAGUCAGCGCAGCCAGCACCGGGAGCUGGGUGAAAUGCUGCUGCAGAACCUGAAGGUGCAGGAGGAGUCGCCCUUCGGAGUGGGGGCCCUCACUCACCUGCUGCUCUCCGGGAGUCCUGAGGACCGUGUGGCCUGUGCGCUGACCUUGCCCUUCAUUUGCCAGAAGCCCUCUCUGUGGCGCCGGCUACUUCUGGAACAGGGCGGCCUCCGACUCCUCCUCUCCGCGCUGAUGCGGCCCGCCCUGCUCCCGCUCUUCCUCUUCUUUGCUGCAGACUCCCUUUCCUGCCUCCACGGCCUGGUGUCUCCCACUGUGAGCCCCGCCCAGCCACCUGCAAGCCCCUGGGACAUAGACCCGUCCUCCCCUUGCCACUAUGAACCUCUGCUGGGCCCAGCUCCCAGCCCAGCCCCGGACCUGCACUUCCUCCUGGACUCUGGCCUGCGGCUCCCCGCCCAGCGAGCUGCCUCAUCUACUGCCUCCGCUUUCUUCCAGGCCCUGCUGGCUGACAGCUUUGCUGAAGCCCAGAUGGACCUGGUACCUCUUCGAGACCUAUUACCCAGCGCAGCCUGGCCUGUCAUGCAUCACCUGCAUGGCUGCCGGGGCUGUGGAGCAGCCCUGGGGCCCAUUCCCCCGCCAGGCCAGCCCCUGCUGGGCUCAGAGGCAGAGGAGGCACUGGAGGCUGCUGACCGUUUCCUGCUGCCUGGGCUGGAGGAGGAACUGGAAGAGGCUGUGGCUAUCCACCCGGGAUCCCAAGGUGGCCCAGAGUCAGUGGGUGAGGUAUUCGGCCUGGGCCGGCCUAGGCUGGCUGCCCACUGUGCACGCUGGAUCCUGGGGCCGGAGCAGUGCCCACGGAAGCGGGCUCUGGCCUUAGUGGGGCUGUCGGAGGCAGCAGGCGAGGGAGCAGGUCCCCUGACUGAGGCUUUACUGGCUGUGGUGAUGGGAGUUGAAGUGGGGAGCAGGGGUCCCAACCUAGACUCUUGA